AUGUUCUCUCGCUCUAUCCUCGUCGCCUUCGUUGCCUCCGGCCUCGUCGCCGCCGCGCCUCAGGGCACUACUACUACUCCCAGCCCUACCUGCAACAGCGGUGCGCUCCAAUGCUGCGAAUCAGUCCAGCCGGCGUCGUCUUUGGGCUCGUCCGGCGACAGUGGUCUCCUUGACCUCAUCCCCAUCACCCUUCAAGGCCUCAACAUUCCCAUUGGCAUCACCUGCACGCCUAUCGACGUUAUAGGUGUUGGAGGUGACAGCUGCCAGCAGCAGACCGUGUGCUGCGAGAACAACACCUUCAGCGGUGUGGUUGCCCUCGGCUGCACUCCAAUCGGUGUUGGUCUUUAA